AUAUAAAAUUUCAAUCUCAGGCAUUCUAAAAUACAGAUGAAAUCCUAGUGAUGUCCAGUCUGCUGUUGUAAAACAUUUUCACUGCAUCUGUCUGUCCUAGCCAUUUUUUAGUUUGAUUCUGAAAUGUCACCUUUCCCAAUCUUCUGCUUCUCUAUGGGGAUCAGAGAAAAUUUCCAAACUAAGGAGGCAUAAAAAGAUAGGUGUUUGUAUGGGGGUAUCUUUCCACCCAUUCCCUCCUCCCUCUUCUCCCAGUUCCAUCCCCUGGCGCCUAUAAUCACCAGGCGGUCUGAGGCUAAGUGGUAGUUUGGCCCACAGUGGGGGGGCUUGGAAACCACACCCCUCCUGCAGGGGCCCUCCUGGUCAUUCGCAGCAUCCUGGUCUCUUCCACUGCUGAGAUGGGUCUGAAGGGGGCAUGUUGUUUCCCGUGGUGUGGGUGCCGGAGACAGCGGGAGACUGGCAAAGGAGCAGGUCUAGAUCCAGCUGCUGCUCCAGAGCCAGAUCCAGGUCCCAGGCCAGCUAUACCACCCAUUGUGGCUGAGGGAGGAAUCUCCUCGCUGGAGUCUGGUGCUUACUUCAGCAGGAAAGCACGGCUCUCCUUCCGCCACCAGCUGCACGACAUAGCUUCAGCCAACGAUUCCACCAUUUGAAAGGAAUGACCAAGGCCUGAACAUCAAGGAAAACCGACAACCUUCUUCCCUCACCCCAGCUUCUGUGAUUCCAAUGCCUGGCUCCCGCAAGUCCCUCAUGAGCUUCUCAUUAAAGCUAUUCAGAACUGCCA